AUGGCACGUCAACUUGUUGUCCUCGCCCUAGUGCUCAUUGCCGUCCUCGGCUUGGCAUCCGCCCAGGCACCAGCCAGCGCCCCGGUUGCAGUCUCCACCGGCGCAGCGUCGGCCCCCGUUGAUGACAGCACGAUCGGAGCCAUCGACGAGGGUCCCGUCAGCGGAGAUGACGCCGUCGAGGCCCCGAUAGGCGGGCCCAUCCCGGAAGGAGCUUUCCCUCCCACCGAAGACGGAACGGCCCCAGCACCUUCCACCGCAAGCGGCGCCACCGUUGCCAAGGUCUCCGCCGUCGCAGCAGUCGCAGCUGUCGCCGGGUACUUCUUUUAA